AAAAGCCGAGGCUUCCUGGAACUUUCCUCCUUUCCCCAGUACAGUAUCAACGGGAAAUGAUACGUCAUGGAAUCAAGACUUUGCAUUUCGAGGGGCAAAUCGAAAAGACAAAAAUCUUCCAAUUCUUAGCAGACUUACGUACGUUGGUCGACGCAUGAUGUUUCGCUCGCGAGACUUCUUGCUGUCAAAAAUCCCAUUUCGUUUCUCGGAGUCUUCCUUUCUUGUCCGACGGGCCGAGCGGAGCGUGUGCCCAUUUGCUUUCCUCAGUUCAGUUCUUGCAGGCUUGCAGCUUGCUUGUAGUCGCGCUCCUUGCCAAAUCUCGACCUUUCUCCCCGUCAAGUUUCGUUCUUUUCUUGCUUUCUUGCUUUCGUCCGAACAACCCGUGAAUGGGUAGCAGCUGAAGUAGUGGGAAGUGCCCGAAAACCUAAAAGCUUAGUGGCACAGGGGGAGAGAGAGAGAGAGAGAGAGAUGGAGAGCAGUGAAGAAGAUGACGACUUCCCAUCCAUCGAGAGCAUCAUUCCGCAGUCCAAGAUCGACUCGCUCUAUCAGUCCCGAACUGAAAAGGGCAUUAGACAGCUUUGUUGUGAACUCUUGGAUCUGAAAGAUGCAGUCGAAAACUUAUGUGGUAACAUGCGCACAAAGUACCUGGCUUUUUUAAGAAUUUCAGAGGAAGUUGUGGAGAUGAAGCAUGAACUUACUGAGAUGCAGAAACACAUUUCUUCCCAAGGUCUGCUUGUGCAGGAUUUGGUGACUGGUGUCUGUAGCGAAUUGGAAGAUUGGAACAAAUCUUGCGGCCUGAAUGAUGCUGCUGAGGAAAACCCUCAGGUUUGUGAAGAAGAAGAUUCGACACUAAGUGAACUGUAUAACGAGAGGAUGACACUCUUGGACAACAUUGAUGUUCUUCUGGCUGAGCACAAAGUGGAGGAAGCAGUGGAGGCUCUAGUUGCUGAAGAGAGAAAAUAUCCAGAGCUAAAGGGCUCUGCUGACAGUUUAUCUGAGGAGGCAAACUCAUAUAGAUUAGCUUUUUUGGAAAGAAAGGCAAUGGUUGAGGAUCAGCUAGUUGAGCUUGCUGAGCAACCUUUAGUUAAUAUAGCUGAACGUAGAAAAGCACUUUCUUGUUUGAUUAACCUUGGGAAAGGUCCUUCAGCCCAUCAGCUGUUGCUGAAAUCCUUUGGUUCCCAUCUCCAGAAGAGCAUUGAUGUUUUUCUUCCUUCAUCUUCCUUGUGCCCAAGAAUAUUUUCAGCCACACUAGCUAAACUAGUAUUCUCCGGCAUCUCGGCCACAAUAAAAGAAUCAGGUUUGGUAUUUGGCGAUAAUCCUGCUUAUACCAACAGAGUCGUUCAAUGGGCAGAAUGGGAAAUUGAGUUUUUUGUCCGUCUGGUUAAAGAAAAUGCACCAUCUUCUGAUACAGUUUCUGCAUUACAUGCCGCAUGUAUCUGCAUACAGGCGAGUCUUAGUUACUGUUCAUUGUUAGAAUCACAAGGCCUUAAACUCUCAAAGUUACUUCUGGUGCUCUUGCGCCCAUAUAUUGAGGAAGUACUGGAGCUGAAUUUUAGACGGGCUAGGAAAGCAGUUCUUAACUUGGUAGAAAGCGAAGAGAACUUGCCAGUGUCCCCCUGCUUUGUCUCUCGGCUAUCUGCCUUUGCAACAUCAUCUGAUGAUGCUAUCAUUGACAAUGGACUGAGAUUUAUGUACAUCAUUGACGAGAUACUAGGACAGCUGACUCCACUUGCUGUUGUGCAUUUUGGAGGGAAUAUUUUAAAUAGAGUCUCACAACUAUUUGAUAAAUACGUCGAUGCUCUGAACAAAGCCUUACCAGGUCCAUCCGACGAUGACAAUCUUGUGGAACUUAAGGAGCUGUUACCCUUUAGAGCUGAGACGGAUUCACAGCAGCUUGCGCUCCUGGGAAUGGCUUACACUAUAGCUGAUGAACUGUUACCAGAUGCCAUCUGGAACCUCUGGAUCCACAGAAUGAAAGCAAGGAACAAAGGGCCGGAUGCUUCUCCUAGUACACCCAUUCCAGCGGAAGUAAAGGAGUGGAGUCGCCACCUACAACAUUCGUUUGACAAGCUUAGAGAUCAUUUCUGCAGGCAAUAUGUCUUGAGUUUCAUCUAUUCAAGAGAAGGAAAAACACGAUUGCACGCACAAAUUUAUUUGAGCGAGAAUGGGGAAGAUCAGUAUUGGGAUUCUGAUCCCCUGCCAUCACUUCCAUUUCAGGCUUUAUUUGCAAAGUUGCAGCAGUUAGCUACUGUAGCUGGAGAUGUUUUACUUGGAAGAGAUAAAAUACAAAAGAUAUUGCUCGCCAGGCUUACAGAAACAGUGGUGAUGUGGUUGUCUGAAGAGCAGGAUUUCUGGAGUGCAUUUGAAGAUGAUUCAUCUGCUAUUCAGCCACUUGGUUUGCAACAGUUGAUUCUUGAUAUGCACUUCACUGUUGAAAUAGCGCGCUUUGCUGGUUAUCCAUCUCGGCAUGUGCACCAGAUUGCAUCAGCCAUCAUUGCCCGUGCAAUCAGGACGUUUUCUGCUAGAGGCAUAGACCCUCAGAGUGCACUGCGGGAGGAUGAAUGGUUUGUUGAAACUGCAAAAUCGGCAAUAAACAAGCUUCUAGGAACAUCGGGUUCAGACACCUCUGAAAUUGACGAGGACCACAUCAUACAUGACGAUAUCAUCUCCGAUUCCGAUGAGUCUGCUUCUUCUCUUUCAACGGUCGAAUCCGUCGAGUCGUUUGCUUCUGCGAGCAUGGGAGAACUUGAAAGCCCCAGGUUCACCGAUCCCGAGAGCUAAGAUAUAUUUACAUAUGUAUCUCAUUCAUCUAGUUAUAUCUUCCCCAGAAGAUAAAGGUAGGAGCUCAUCGCGUCCCGUCUUUAGCUUUUAGCGGACAUGGCCAUCGGCCAAUCGCUAUAUCACAAGGUAGAUUGAUCAAGAUCCCUUGAGUUCUGAAACUUGAGACUGGCAUUCAUCAACAGGGACUGUGAAGUAGAUUAAAAUUCAUGGAGAGUAUAGGUUGGUGCUUAGUACA